UACUCACCAUCUUUGAUCUUCAGUCCUAUGAGUUGGUUCUUUCUUCCAUUAGGCACUCGUGUAUAUAACAAGUUGAUGGAAUUCAUUAAAGAGCAAUAUUGGAAAAGGGGUUACACAGAGGUUAUAACGCCGAAUAUGUACAACAUGAAACUGUGGUAUACUUCUGGACAUGCUGAAAAGUACAAGAAAAAUAUGUUUACGUUUGAUAUUGAGAAACAAGAGUUCAGGCUCAAACCUAUGAAUUGCCCUGGUCACUGGUUGAUGUUAACCGCUCUAACUUUUAACGUGAGAACGUGAAAGCUUGAUUCCAAAACUAAAUAAAAUAAGUAAUAAAUAAAAAUCAUCAACCAAUCAAAUUAUAAUAUUUUACUUAAACUUCACAUAUGAACGAUACAUAAUAAAAAAAUCAUUUGACAACAGGAAAAAAAAUCAAAAAUCACUUAAGUGACUUCUCAUUUGGUUCCUCUUCAUUCCCUAAUAAUCUUGUGUAUUUCCUUUGUCCAGUCCGUUAAUGCAUCUUAUACUGACACUAUUUGCAAUCUAAAUCUUCCCUGUGACACUUCUGUUGUGUUUUGUACAUAAUUAAAUGCAAAUUAGAUUACAGUUGUUAGAUAAGUUAAGCCAUUGUGGGAUCUCUCCUAACAUUAUAGGCUUAUAGCCUACGUUAUUUUGCCAUCUACCCAUUUGGCCAGUAUCUUCCAUUCUUCCUAAAGGAAUUCCAACUACCAGUCUCUUUUGUUUAACUUUUUUUUUUAUGUAACUAAGAGUCUACCGGAUUCGCUGUAAUCUCAUUAAUUACUUAAUGCAUUUUAUCAAACAAUCUGAACUACCAGUUACAACAUGUGAAAUACGAAAACAUAAAAUAAUAAUUUUAAACCAUGUCAAAUAUAAUAUAUAUGACUUAUGAGCUUGUCCUAUAAAUAUAAAGCACCAUGCUUCGCAAACCACACACGUAAACGAAUCUAGAGAGAGCAUUCACAUAUAGCCUUUUAUUUGAAAAAUGAGGUUUUUUAAGGCUCUCAUCCUCAUUCCUAUUGCCAUAUUGGCUUUGGUAAUUUCCUUUGCUGAAGCUUAUGAUCCAAGUCCACUCCAAGAUUUCUGUGUCGCCAUUGAUGACCUAAAUGGUGUUUUUGUGAAUGGUAGGUUCUGUAAAGACCCGAUGCGAGUCAAUGCAGAAGAUUUUUUCUUCUCUGGCCUCAACGUGCCUGGGAACACCAGUAAUCAAGUUGGCUCCAAUGUGACCACGGUUAAUGUUGAUCAGAUCCCAGGGCUAAACACCAUGGGCAUAUCAUUGGUGCGCAUAGACUACGCUCCACAUGGACAAAACCCACCUCACACGCAUCCCCGUGGCUCAGAGAUCCUUGUCCUUAUCAAAGGAACAUUAUACGUCGGGUUUGUCUCUUCCAAUCAAGACAAUAACCGUUUAUUCGCUAAAGUAUUGCAUCCUGGCGACGUAUUUGUGUUCCCCAUUGGAAUGAUUCAUUUUCAGGUAAAUAUUGGGAAAGUCCCUGCCGUUGCUUUUGCAGGAUUGAGUAGUCAGAACGCUGGUGUAAUCACAAUCGCAAACGCUGUGUUCGGGUCAAAUCCUCCUAUAUAUCCAGAAGUUCUAGCCAGGGCGUUCCAGUUGGAUGAAAACAUUGUCAAAGAACUUCAGGCCAAGUUUGGUCCAUGAACUUUGAAGUCAUUAUGAGUGCUUAUCAUUGCUAUAUGCACUUAAACAAUAGUGUACAACUAAAAAUGUUAUGUCAAAUAAAAAUAAAGAAAUAGUGUUGUUUACCUGAUUAUUUUUUUAAUCUUAUAUGUUACUUCUA